AUGAAGGUGGCGCCGCACUCGCCUCCGCCAACUGUGGCCGCUCCCGAUAAACUUGACCUCAAGUCGUGCCACAAGUACGUCUCAGACUAUCUCUUCUCGUCGUUCAACAUGGUGAAAAUGCUGUAUGGCAAAGUGAACGAGGCGACCAGGGUCGAGGAUCAGAUCAGAGAGUACUUUGCGGAGAUAUACCGCUGCGUCGGUGACACUGAGAAAAAGAGACUGGACGAGCUACACAAGUACCGCGAACCCUUGAUCGGCUCGCUGAACAAGACUGUCAAAGUAAUGUCGAUAAACAAGACACUGUUGGACCUCAUCGAGCGAACCUCUGCCUCGAUCGUAUCACAAUCACCGCCCAAAGACAAACAGCUGCAGUUGACCGCAGUGGCCGAACCUCGGAAUGAUGACAAUUACUUUGCAGACUGGACUGGUCAUGACCUUGAUGUUGUAGCGGCGAACAAUAGCCCAGCGUCGAUCACUGGCAACAAACUACUCAAUCUCGAGUACGCCACAAUCUCGCCCGUGACCGUUGGCAAUCUCAUGACGACCUUCAAGGAUAAUUCGUUCACCAUGCCCGAGCUGUUCAGGCACUUCUGUGCAGUCCCUGAACCCAUCUCCCUCAGCACCGACACCAUGCUCCAACUCCUUGUCGAGAUACAUCCCGCCAUAGUUGCGCAUGCCAAGGACUUGCAAGAGGAGCUGCCCAUCCUGGAGAACAAGACGGUGGAGUGGGACCCCAACUAUCACCAGAAUAAGAAGGCGCUAGAGUUGAUCGAGACUAGUUGCCACAUGGCCGUCAAUGGCCUCUCGACUGAGCUCUCCGUAUUCACAAUGGACAAGUUUGUCAAGGACAAUGUAAUCAACAACAUCUACUCGGUCGACGGAAUGGAGGGCACGACUCACCUCUCCAACGUCGAGGUGUACGACAUCAAGAACUCCAAGUGGAUGGCCAUCGACCCAACCAAGAUGAAGAGGGCGUGCUCGUCGUCGUCCGUCGUCUCUGUGGGCUCGCACAUCUAUGUCUUUGGAGGCAAUGACAGCCUCAACACCUACGAACGAUACAAUAUCCAGGCCAGCAAGUGGGACUUGCACGAACACAUCGAGAAGGGCGGCUCGAGUAUCGCGUGCUGCUUCGACCGCGGCAGAUACAUCUAUCUAAUUGGAGGCAUCCAGAAUAACGAUGCAUUAGAUAGAAUUGACCAGUUUGACAUCCUUACAGGCAAGUGCAAGCGAGACAUUGCAACACUUAAGUGUGCCCGCUACUACUCCUACUGUUGCUACAAGGAUGGCAUCGUCUACAUUGUUGGUGGCACGACCAAGACCUCCAGAGGACCAUACACGCUGGUCAACAACAUUGAGGCGUUCAAUGUCGAGGCGAGGAACUCAGAGAUCGUCUACCAAUUCAAGGACAACGAGUGCGAGAGAGUAGAGGGAUGCUGCUUUGACAACAGAGAGUUCAUCUACUUGAUCACCACGUCGCACUUCUACCGAAUCUCCAUCUACGCCUGGAAGAUGGAGAAGUUACAGUCACCCGACCUAACCGAGGGUCGCUACGGCAUGGCGAUGGUGUUUGGCUUCAAUGAGGGCUUCAAGAUCUGGCUCAUUGGAGGCAAGUCCCAGGUUCAAUACGUCUACCACUUUGACAAGGGCGAUGGCUCCAAGUGGGACAGUCUGCGCACAGGCAAAGGUGAAUGGAAACAGUUUGUCAAGAAGUCUAAGAACACGUACUUCCACGGUGCUGUUGGUAUCUAA